AUGGCAAGGAAGAAGGUGAAGCUAGCAUGGAUACCAAAUGACUCUGCUAGAAGAGCCACAUUCAGGAAGAGAAGGAAAGGUUUGAUGAAGAAGUUGGAAGAGUUGAGCAUCCUCUGUGACGUCGAAGCUUGCGGUAUCAUCUACGGUCCCGAUGAGCCUCAACCGGAGGUUUGGCCAAGCAAGGCAGGGACAAGAAGAGUCUUAGAGAGAUUCAAAAGCAUGCCAGUGAUGGAACAGAGCAAGAAGAUGAUGGACCAAGAAGGGUUCACACGCCACCAAGUCAUGAAACUUCAAGACCAAUUGAGAAAGCAUGAACGUGAGAACCAAGAGCUUGAAACAGCCAUAGUCAUGCACAAGUGUCUAUCUGGAGAACAAAGUCUUGAAUACAUGAACAUGGAGGAGCUCACAAACUUGGCCAUCAUGGUUGAGGCUAAGCUCAAGGCAGUGCAUGACAGGAUUGAACUCAUUAGUGUUCAAAUGACUAGCAAUGAUGGUGCCAUUGUUGUUCAGCAGAACAACAACAACAACAACAACCACCAGUGGGAGUUGGCAACCAUGGAAACCAUGCAGAAACAGCAAACAUGGUUUACUGAUGUCAUAAACCCUGUCAAUGAUCCUAAUGUUUAUUAUGGAGGAGAGGAGGCUAUGCAACCUUAUAUGAUGAGCAUCACCAACCUUAACAUAGAUCCACCUUAUUGGGUCUAA